ACUGUUGUUUGACAUUGGUGUAUUUUCUAAUAUAUUUAUAUAUAUUUUCGUACAAUGAAGAUAUUAGCUAUUAAUGAAGAACUUCAGGCGAGGGAACAAGGGACUCCAGCUGUAGAAGUUUCACCUUUGGAAAUGGAACAGCCUCCACCUGCUAAAAAAGAACAUCUGGCAACAGAGUUGGCACCUGAACCGACACCAGAAGAUGCUGAACAAGCAAAACUGGAUAUACCAGGAUUAUCACGAAAACUGAGCUUUCCCCGAGCUCACUUUCAUAUGGAAGCCGCAAAAGUGAGAGAAGAUAUUGCUGAAGAUAAGCAUAUAUCUGGAAGCUCACAAAAGGAGAUUGUGGGGAAAGACACUAUCAAAUUUGAGGCUGACGAAGUAGUGACUGAAACGCCAAGAGAGAAAGUAGAGCAUUCCUCAUUAUCAUCUUCACAAGAGGUAAUAAGCAUGCACGAAAGUGAAGAGAGUUCAUCUUCAGAGGUUGCACAGUUACAAGAGCUAACUCCUCCAAAGCGAAAACAUGUGGGAAAGGUCAUACCUGAACCAUCACCGGAGUCUCUGCCCUCAGACAUACAGCUGGAAAUAAAAGGCAAAUCAUUUCCAAAGGCUAAACCAGUUAAAAUUCAGGAGGAUUUAGAAGAUCUUGAUGAACAGCAUCCCGUAUCUCUGCUUUCCACUUGGACUACAAAAGAUGUGGAUCACCCACUUAUUCACCUUCUUUGUGAGGCUUACCCAAGAUGUGUGUUGCCUGUUCAUCUGCAGCUUGCUUCAAGAAUACACCAUACUAUAGACAAAAGGGGUCAUAAUGUUUCUGUACCACCAGAUAAUCGUUUCAGUGACUACUCAGAGCAGUUCUUACCAUCCACUUCUGCUUAUGAUGAAUUUAUGGCAAGAGAAAGAAUUUGUAAUGAAGGAGUUCCUAUUUCAGAAGUAUACAAAUGCAGUCAGGAAGAUGGAGUUAAAGUUUUCCCACCAAGGUCACCAGAAACUAUGCCUGAAUGGCAAAGAGUAGCUGAGUUUUAUGUUGAAAAACCUCAACUAGCGCUGUUAGGAGAAAAAGUUAAAUUUCAUCCAGGGUCUCUCAAAAUGUUUUGGACACCAGCGCCACAGAAAUUCGCUGCUCCUCUCUCCCUUAUGAAGGAGACCUUGUUUCCAAAGUAUGAGAGCAAUCUGAUUAAUGGCGUUAUUUAUGAAGACUUUUCAUGUGAUCUUCGAGAUAAAGAAGUAUUAGAGUUUGAGGAGGACUUUGACCACUUGCUUUCUACUCUUAAAAUCUCUAGAAGAUGCACUUCCUCUCCAGCGCUUUUAGUUUCUGAAUGGGAAACAUUACAGGAGAACAUCAAAGAAUGUGAAGAUCUGGUUAAAAGACCUCAUAGUGCACCAGAAUUAUCAUUCAGAGACAAAUCUACUUUGAAGAUUUCUGCAAAUUUCAGAACCACUAUGGAAGAGAUAACUGUUAUGAAAAAACAACGUUUUUCAGUAGAUACUGAAGCUACAAAGCCUGGCAUUUUAUCAACAAAGCUACAAAGCUCUCCUAGCCUUGAGAAAAGAGAAUCUGCCGCACACAAAAGUGUUCUUGUUGGCUCAGAUAAAGGUUCUGAUAUAGCUUUGGCAAGUACAUUCAAGCAAACAAAAGGUCUUUUCCCCUCUAGAGGACGAUCUGCAUCUAUUGCACCCACUCCACUUUCUGAGCCUAUAGAGGAAGAUAUAUUUAGUGUGGCUGCAGAAGCUAAAAAAGCUGGGAUGAAGUACAUCAUUUUCCCAAGGAAAGCAUCAUACAAAAGGAGAUCAUUGAAAACAGCAGGGAAACACAUUUCUGUUAAUAUAUUAGAAAGUGUUUGUGAGAAAUUAAGAGAACCUCCACAGAUUCUUAAAAGGUCUGCAUCUCUUGGAAGGCUUACAAUUCAUAAUAAAUUCUGUAUCAAAGUAUCUCGAGCAGUUCGAAGUUAUCGAAGUCCCAGCCUCCCUUGCUGGCUAGAUUUUGAAAAAUUUGCAGCAAGCCAAGGGAGAACCCCAGAAGACACCGAUGAUUUUCUUUGGGCCAGAAAAAUCUGGAAUAAAUGGUUUGAUGAGCAAUACCCUCCCAUUAGCCAAUCUUUUACUGAUAGAUCAAAGGCAGGCAAAAAGGACAUAGAGGAGGAAACCAAGGACACAGAAUUAGUAAACACAGUAAAUCUUCUUCUCUUCGAGGGAAAACCAGAUGAACUUGAGCAGUGUCAAUCUGAAAUUGAUAGAAUAACCCAAGAAAUAGAUGAAGGAAAUUUUUCUGGGUUUAACUAUUGUAGACGUGGAGCGAUAUACAGGAAAAUAGGCAAAAUGAAGGCAGCCAUGGAUGACUUGGAAAAAGCAAUAAGUUUAGAACCAAUGCUGGUUAAUGCCUAUUGGCAUAGACAUUUAAUUUUCGUUUACCAGAACAAAAUGCUUCCAGCGCUAGAAGACCUGAAUUUUAUAAUUAAGUGCAACAAAAACAAUGCAGAUGCAUAUCUGUCGAGAGCUGAAAUAUACAAAAAUCAGGGAGAUAAUUCAUUAGCAAUUAUCAACUACAGUCUUGCCCUGAGAUGCAGACCUGCAGAUGAUGAAAUAUUCUACAAAAGAGCUGAGGCCUAUGAAGAGAAUGGUGAUAUAAUACUGGCGAUAGAAGAUUAUGCUAAAUGCAUUCUCCACAAUCCCAAAAGAACUGAUGCACUUAUGAAGCAUGGAAUACAUUACUUUAAUAAAUCUAUAUGGAGUAUAGCUAUUAAUGAUUUUACAAAUGUGAUUAAAGAGGACCCAAGCAUUGCGGAGGCAAGAACCUAUCGAGGAAGAAUAUAUGUUAAACUAGAGCAGUAUAAAAAUGCAGCUGAAGAUUUUGCUGUUGCAAUUCACCUGAAUCCUAAUGAUUGGAUUGCAUACUACCAUAGAGGUUGUCUUUUGCGAACGAUGGAUCCAAAACAAGCCCUGCAGGACUUGAGUGUUUCUGUUCUUCUCAAUCACAAGUUUGAGAAUCUUGGCGCUUUUCUUCACCGUGGGAUCUUAUAUUCAGAACUGAAACAGUGGUUACUAGCAAUCUGUGAUUUUGAAUGUGCACUCUCCUUGGACAGGAGCCUUACCGUAGCUUACAUAAAUAUUGGACUGAUUUUGAUGUUAAAUAUGGACCAUUAUUUUGAAUCUAUUCGACAGUUCACUCAUGCCAUUCAGCUGGAUCCAUUAGAUAUUAGACCAUACAUGUGCAGAGCCCAGGCACAUCAAAGGGUUCAUGAUCUAAAGAGUGCAGUUAAAGAUAUGAACAGAGCCAUUCAUCUCCAGCCCAACUCACCCCACUUAUGCUUAACAAGAGGACAGUAUUUACUAGAGAUGCAGAAUUAUGAUCUUGCAGGUUUCUGCAUACACCAAGUUGCAGAAAUGGGUCAAGGACCCCUUGAAUGUUCGCUUGUUCAAGAAGCACUUGUUCAAUCAUUUUGUCAGAAUCACAACAAGGCCAUUGCGUGCGCGCUUGCAGCCUCUGAAAACCAACCUGAUUGUUCCAUGUUCGUUCUACUUGGAAAAAUCCAAAUGAAAGCCAAAAAGCAUAAGGAUGCUGUAGCCAGUUUUAAACAAGCAUUGAAGCUGCUGACUGAUAUUGCAAGAUCUACACCUAGUACAUUUGAGGCUGCAGAAAUAAAUUUUUUUAUUGGCCAGUGCUAUAUGGAGCAAGUCUCCUUAUUACAGGCCUGUGAAGCUUUUACUUCUGCUGUCAAGCUAUAUCCACGUUUUGCAGAUGCAUACUAUCAGCGAGGGCUUUGCAGAAUGCAGCUCCAUCAACCUAAGUGCAUAUUAGAUUUUAACAAAACACUUGCUAUUCAACCAGACCAUUUUCAGGCAUAUUUAAGUCGUGCUGCUUACUAUGGAUGCAAAGGAAGAUUCUCCAAGGGAAUAAUGAAUUGCAACGAAGCCCUCAGAAUUCAGCCUAGAAGCGUGAGAGCCUAUCUUUAUAGAGGAGCACUGAAAUUUUAUAACAGGACUUACAAACAUGCUGUUGAAGAUUUAAGUAAAGCUAUAAACCUAGACAAUGUUUGCAUCUUGGCAUAUUACAAUAGAGCACUUUCUUACCACUGCUUGAAGGACAGCAAAAAUGCUUUGAAAGAUUAUGGGAUUGUUCUUCUUCUUGAGGCCAGCAAGGACAUUGUUCUGAAAGUGUUGAUCAACCGUGCCUUACUCUAUGCAGAUUUGAAGCAACAUGCUAAUGCACUAGAGGACUUUGCAGAAGUAGCACUGAGUAAACCAAGAGACGGUAAACUAUUUCAAAAUAUUGGACACUGCUGUCAUAGACUUCAGAAAUAUGAAGAAGCUGUGGAGGCAUUUUCAAAGGUUAUUGAAAUAGAUCCUUUUUCUCUGGAUGGCUAUAUUGGACGAGGAAAUUCAUAUCUAGAAUAUGGUCAUGAGAAAGGUACUAGACAAGCCCAGAAAGAUUUUGCAAGAGCAAUACAUCUGAAUCCAUUGUGCAUAAAGGCCAGACUUUGUGCAGGCUACAGUUUGCAGGCUCUUGGAAAGUUUAAGAAAGCUUGGGCCCAGUUUUCAGCAGUUCUUUAUAUCGAUCCCAAGUGUCACAUUGCUUAUGAUGGGCGAGCUGUAGUCUCUCUUCAGAUGGGCGAUACCUUUGCUGCCUUUCAAGAUACAAAUGCUGCACUCAAGGUAACUACAAGUGCAGAGCUGCUUACUAAUCGAGGUGUCAUUAACCAGUUUAUGGGAUAUUUAAACUGUGCCAUGAAAGAUUAUCAGCAAGCUAUCUCCAUUGACCCCAGCUAUGCUUUGGCAUAUUUCAAUGCAGCAAAUAUCUACUUUCUCAACAGGCAGUUUUCACAGGCAGAUAACUAUUAUUCCAAGGCACUGAUGCUUGAUCCAACAAAUGAAUCUGCAUUCCUAAAUCGAGCUAUUACAAAUACGCUGUUAAAGAAAUUUGAAGAAGCAAAAGCAGAUUUUGAGGAGGCAAUUUGCCUCUCUCCUUUCUCGGCAGCAAUAUAUUUUAACAAGGCAAAUCUCUACAGUACAUUGCAGGAAUAUGAGCAAGCUGAGGAAGCCAUUUCAAAAGCCCUGUCAAUUCAGCCGUAUGAUUCCCUGAUGUUUAAACUCAGAGCUGAUAUUCGUGGCAAGAUGGGUUUAAUGAAAGAAGCUAUUGCUGAUUACAAGAAAGCUAUCAGUAUCCAAGAACUUAUCAGUGGGUGAAAAAAUAUUUUUGGUGUAGAGUAACAUGAUCACCUGUAUUACAGUUACUUUUCCAGUUUAUGUUGAAUACCAUUUAUGUUUUGUUACUGUAUAUACUGUUUACACUAACGUAUUGGUCGCAAAUUAUCUUAAAUUUUAACUGUGAAUGUCUGUACAUAUUUUGUUUACAUAACUGAAUAGGACAGAUUAAAUGAAAAGAACAAUGAAAACAAUCACUUGACUAUAGUAAAGAAAAAAGUAGUUGACUUAUUAGAGAAAUGUAAGAUCAUCUUUGUUUCUCCAUUUUGAAGGACUAGAUUUGCUGAAACUUCUUUAGCUGAUUCCCCCCCCUCAUUUAAUUAAUAUGUGAAUACGCAAAGUAUAAUAUGGAUAAAGUCGAAUACAAAUA